CGACAAAGCUUGACAUUGGUAGCAUUGGCGACGUCCUAUACGUGGUCGACACGAGCAAUGGCACAAUUUACUCGUCCCAGCUGAGUGUUACUGUACGAAGUGAUGCAUAUCGCAUCCAAAGAUCUGGGAAUGGGGCGAAGACUUGUCGUUUACAAGCCGAUCAAAGACUGCGACUGAACAUUGGCUGCGUGUAUUUUACCACGUUUUUGAGAAGUUUCCUGUGCGAAGUCUCAUCGACAAGUCUGUGAGUCCGGAUGUUUCGUUCUCUCUCGACUUGGAGGUAGUAGUUCCUGCAGGUGCCAAAGAAGAAGAUCGCGCUGGAAUGGGCGAUACCUGUUUGAAAUAUUUCAACAACCUGAUGCUGGAUUUGCGCCGGCUUAACAAACCUUUGUCGCAGUUAAACCUGGCGAAGAAGCUUAAGUGUCGGUGCUCUGAGCAGGCCAGCGUCUCCACUGGCCUGAUAGUGACAUCUCUUCGGCGCGUUUUGGUAGCAAUUGUUUCAUUCGUACCUGUACAAAUCUGCCGAGCUGAAGACAAUAUGCUCCGGUUACUUCGUGAUGGUGAAGAUGACGCUACUACUGGUAAUGAGGCCAGUCGAACGAGUUUAAGCAGCGAAAAUGACUCAACGGGGACAGAUGCGUCGGAGAUUGCUCAGUCGAUUCGCUUCGGUUUACUGUCCCCACUACUAGAGUCAUGGAAUGGACGAUGCGUUGUGGUUACGUCAAUGGGGAAGCAGUCAACAGGAAAGAGCUACUUCUUGAACCACCUCGCAGGAACUUCGUUUGCGAUCUCCGGUUCACGCUGUACUGACGGAGCGUGGAUGUCUUUACGAUUCGUAUCUGAUGUGCUACUGGUAGUUCUGGAUUUCGAGGGACUGGGGUCGUUCGAACGAUCGGAGCAAGAAGAUAUCUUCUUAUCAGUGCUGAAUGCAUCGGUGUCGUUAUUCACAGUCUUUCGAAUGGAGAGCCGAUUUGAUAAGGAUAUUGACGGUUUGUUCUCUCGUUUCCAGAAAGGUGUCCAGCUUAUCAAGAACGAUCCGCGUCUAUUUCGUGGACAAUUGUUCAUGAAUGUUAAGGACGUUAACAUGAACGACCAACAAGGCGUUUUUGAUGAACUUGUGGCAAAGCUGAACACAAUUUUUGAAGCCAACCGAGACCAGAACUUUCUUACGGACAUGUAUGCUGGCCAGUUAGAGAUCAACUCUCUCCCCCAUUUGGUACGAUCGACUAUUAUAACUGCAUGGAAAAACGAUGCUGCGAGAUCGUUGAUGACGAUUGUAUCUGAAUCCUCAAUGGGGUUUGUCACGGGUAAAGCUUUCUUGGAUUGUCUGCGAAUUGUCCUGGCAAAAAUCUCGAUUUUAGACUGGACCAGUAUGGACAAGAGCGCGCAGCAUUUCGUUGUUGCAGACACAAAGCAGAAGCUCUCUGGGAUUCUUCGUACUGGUUGUCACGUUUCGCUGCCUUUGGUGAAAGAUAAAACCAUUCCUUCCCAUCUGAAAGAAGAGGUUUUGAAAGUGGGUUCCCAAGAGAGACUCGUGAUCUCGCUUGAAGACAUGUGUGAAACAUUUCCUGGUUUCGUGACCAAGUGGACGGCACUGAACAAUACCAUUCUGUUGGAUGUUGUUAAAGAUGAGGAGCUUGACAUGGGAUUUGAUGUCACUUCGCUUACGGAUAAGAGCACCAAGACAGUGGGGAAAACGAUUGAUAUGCUCUUCCGGUACUUCCUAAGUUUACGCGGCAAAACGUACGAAAUUUCAAGACUGACAACGGAAGAUCAGAGCGAUUUCGACGCCUUUGCAGCGUUUGUACUACGCCGUCGAAAACUUAAGGUAUCGCGUUGGCUUCACGGUACUUUGGGCGACCAUUUGUCGGAGGUGAGAACGCAGCUCGAGCAACGUCACGUAGACCAACUGAUCACGUACAUGUCGCAGUGUGCACACUGCCAGCUUGGAUGCAUGCAUUCGGUGACGCACUCGUCCGAGGUCGAGCACAGCUGCACCACCGACCACAAGUGUCGAGGUCUCUGUGAAUAUGUCGAAUGUCAGACUAACAUUCCUCCGUGCUCUCGCUGUGCUGGUCAUGAAGGGAAAUGUGAAUGUGAGAAAGGAGAUCACACUUGUGGGCAACGUUGUGUCUUCUCUCGAGCAUCGAACUGUGAUAAAAUCUGCUCGAAACUGGCGGACCAUAGUGGAGAUCAUUACUGCUCUGUGCAGGUUCAUGUGUGUGGUGCUGUCUGCUCUGCAGCCAACUGCAGUGCCACUUGCUUACUUGACAUUCAGCGAGAACACUCCAUCCACAAGUGUGCUGAAGUACAGUGCACCCAUCCGUGGAAGAUGAAGGAAUGCAAACGCAAUUGCGGAGUAACGAACCAUUUUCACGGCCAAGCUGCGGAGUCUCGUGCAUUUGCGAUUGAAAGUGGAGUGGAAUUGGGUGGAAAUGUCGUGGACAAUACUUCAGAAACGCACAUGUGUACUGGGAGUCAUGCCUGUGGAGAAAUGUGCACAGUGGACGGCAUUUGUGAACAGAAAGUUCAUUUGAAGAAGUCGUCUCGGAGAUUCACUGGUGAACGUGGCUCAUUCGAGUACAUUUUCCAAGAGAUGAAUGGGUGUAAGAAGCAGUGUGCCUGUGUACUACCAAGCGGUGAACUGGAUCACGGCGGGGUUGGCCAUUCUUGUCUUGCUGAAUCCCUUGGUCAGAGCACGGCCCAUUACUGCGAUGCGAGAUGCCCGUCUUGUAGUUACUACUGCAACAAACACUUUGGUCACAUGGAUCUGCAUGCUACCUCUCACGGCAACAUGAGGCAGACUUAUUUCAUUGCAAAGGGUAACGAUAUUGAUAUCGAGGAUCGCAAGUACCAAGUGGGCGAGCGAGGUAUCGCCGAAAUGUGUAACCUGUUUUGCACCAAGAUGGGACGUGGCCAUACGCACUAUUUGCCAUGCGAAGGCGAAGGUGUGACGAGGUGCGUGUACACUGGGGAUGCCAGUGAGGAUCAGCGUCGUCAUUGCAUGGAUAGCUUAUUCCCACGUCCGGAUCAAGAGAUGGAUCAACUUCUUCACGCUAACUUCUGGGCGUCGAUCGGAUGGGAGGACCCAUGCAGUGAGAUUGAGCGCGCGUUGUUCGCGAAAUGUCCAUUCCAGUGCGAUGCCCCAGAGCACAAAGGAGGAGACAACCAGCCGUCGUAUUGUGUACUGGAUGCAUGGCAUCUGCCCGAAGUGAAACCCGAAGGUGAUGAUGGCUUCGCGUACAUUGAUGGUCACCAGUUCGAGUGCGUACAUGCGGUGGAUUCAGGAAAAUUUCACACCAUUUUCGUAUUGGACAGCUCCGGAUCCAUGAGUGGGCAGCCCUGGCAGAAUUUGCUGCACGCAGUGAGCGAGUUUACCAUCAACCGGCUUAAAGAUGGAGGAGACAAUGAUUUAGUCUCGUUUAUCACUUUUGAUAACACGAGCCACAUUCACUGCGAGGCGAAACCUUUGAAGAAGUCUGUAGGGAUAAGGAUCCCGUACGCUGGAGGAGGGACGUGCUUCGAGCAAGGCUUGCGUGCGGCCAAUGAGGUCUUAUCGAGGACCAAUUUCCAGGAGUUAAAGGCUGUGCUCAUUUUCUUCUCGGAUGGUCGUCCAUGGGAUAUCGAUCUGGGUAUCACGCUUGCCAAACACAUUCACGCUACGUACGCAAAGUACGACUUGAAGGCUUUCGUUGUGGGCUUCGGGCACGUGAAUUUGCCCGUGCUGGAGCGCAUGGCGACGGAAAUGGGUGGUGAGUAUCGACGGGUACUGGAUGCUAGCGCAUUGAGAACGGAGUUUCAACGGAUCGCUGCUGUGCUGUGCAACAGUGAGGCAAGCCUCGCGCUGAUGGAGACGAGUGAAUGUUCUUCGUGAUCGCGAAGACCCGUGUGCUCGUUUGCUUGCUGUUUUUUUUUGCUUUUUAAGUAGUGUUUAAGGUAAUGACUGCAAUGCGUUCGGGUCUUCUAGCAAAUGCCU